AUGUCAACUACUUUGGCGCGGUGCCCCGCACCCCUCCCCACCACGGUGCUGGAGAAGGCAUCGCAGGCCCUGCUGAACUACAAGGACAAGGGCAUUGGCCUGUGUGAGAUCUCGCAUCGCUCCCCAGAAGCCAACGAGAUCCUCGCCGACUGCAAGCACGCCUUGUCCACGCUCCUCAGCAUCCCCGACGACUACGAGAUUCUGUUCCUCCAGAGCGGCGGCAGCGGCGAGUUCAGUGCCACGGUAUACAACCUCGUCUCCAUAUGGGUCGAGAAGAAGCGCGCCAAGAUCGCAGAAGAGGUCGGUGACGACAAGGACGAGGUCCUCAGGCGCCUGCGCCGCGUCGUCGACGAGGAGCUGAAGCUCGACUACCUCGUUACUGGCUCGUGGUCGCUCAAGGCUUCGCAAGAGGCUGCGCGUCUGGUCGGCGCAAAGCACGUCAACAUAGCAACCGACGCGCGCAAAAUCAGCCAUGGCAAGUUUGGCAACAUCGCUCCCGAGGACCAGUGGACUCUGACCCCACGCUCCGCUGGGGGCCCAGCAUUCGUAUAUUUCUGCGAUAACGAGACUGUCGACGGCGUCGAGUUCCCCUCCUUCCCAAAGAGCCUCGAGGGUGAGGAUGCUCCCCUGGUCUGCGCCGACAUGUCUUCAAACUUCAUUUCCCGCAACGUCGACGUGAGCAAGUAUGCCGUCAUCUUCGGUGGCGCCCAGAAGAACAUCGGCAACACUGGUAUUGCGAUAGUCAUCAUGCGGAAAUCCCUACUCCCGCCUCAUUCAACGCCAGCUUCCCCCGAUCUCUUGAGGGAGCUCAACCUGGCCGUCGGUCCGAUCGUGUUAGACUACCCUACCAUCGCCAAGAACAACUCGCUUUAUAACACCCUCCCUAUUUUCGAUGUGUGGGUCGCCGGCCAAGUCAUGUCUGGACUAGUCAACUCGUUCGGUGCCAAACGCAUAGGUGGACAGGAAGAAAUUUCCAACGAGAAGGCCCGUCUGAUCUACGAGGCCAUUGAGAAGUAUCCCAGUGUGUACCGUGUUGUCCCAGACAAGAGCGUGCGUAGCAGAAUGAACAUCUGCUUCAGAGUCGGUGGUGGUGAUGCCGACAAAGAGAAGGCGUUUCUCGCUGGCGCAGAGAAGAAGGGCCUGCUAGGUCUGAAGGGACAUCGCAGCGUGGGGGGCAUACGGGCCAGCAACUGUGAGUGA